AUGGCAGGAAUGUCAGCAAAGAAAGCCACCACUUUGGGUGCCAUUUGCACGCUUGCUUGCUGUUUGAUUUGCUGCGCGUUGCCCGGAAUCGCUGGCCUGAUGAUUCUCAACAGCACAAUUGGUGAAUGGCCCGUUGUAGAUGCUACUGUAGUGUCCACACGAGUUUGUUCUUCGGGCAGUAGCGGUACCACAAAUAAUGUGCAACAAGAGCCAAGCUAUCACAUAACCUACAAUUACACCACUCUCGAAGGAACUACCUUUACCUCGGAGACUGACUAUUGUUUGAGUCCCAAACCAGCCGAAGGCAAAACCACGCAAAUUACUUACGAUCCUGAGGAUCCAACUAGCAUUGUAGAAGAAUCCAUCUUGGAUAUUGGUCUGGUGGCAGCCAAGACGGCGACUGGUAUUGGAUUUGGAAUUGGAUCACUCGCUUUUUGUGUGGCCGUGUUCAUGUGCUCCCGACGAGAACCACCGGCCAAUCCAGGGACCUACCAGCAAAACACCAAUACUCAAUACCAACAAGAUGCCUACGUACAAAAUACCAACUACAAUAACGCCGAGUAUGGUCAAUCGUCAGUACCAAUCAGUGGACCUGCUGGAGACAUUCCAACUCCUAAUACUUACAACCAAAACACCUACAAUGAUGCUAGUGGACCCGCUGGAGACAUUCCAACUCCCAUGGCCACUGCGGUUCCCCUGCCUCCUGCCACGGUGUAUAAUGGUGGUGACAGUAAAGCAUCAGGACCCGUCACCUAUUACAAGUAG